GAAAUGAACAUUGUGUAUGUAAACUAACGCCAUCUAGAUAAUUCUAAUUUCGAUCCAUGUGAGUUCUGUGCAAUUACGAGAAAGACGCAACGUGAUUUUGUUUGAGAAUGACCGAUGGAAAAUUUUAUGCAGUCGUUGAAUUUGAAGAUGGUCCUCAAAUAAUUCCAAACAAUUGGUUGGAUGUAAGUAUAAUGAAAGCCGUUUGGCCAAAUUUUACAAAUUACAAGCGAUAUGACAAAGCGGUGAAGUUAAUGGAAGAGCCGGAAUCUACCUGGAUUAAACAUCCCAUUCGAAAAAUAUAUGGAAUAUAUACUGAUUACACAAUGGCACAGCAAAAGUUAAAAGAAGCUGAAAAACUGUCAAAUUUGAGUUCCAAUGUGGAAAAAGAAAAGUAUCUUAAAAAAACAAAAAACAUUAUAGCUAUUAAACUCUUAGACAGUGAUAAUGAUGAACUGUCAGAUGACAAUUCUAUUAAAAGCCUAAGCCCUCCUAUAAAAAAACGUUUCACAUAUCUCUCUGUUGCAAAAAAACAGAAAAUCGCAAAAAAUGCACAAGAAGAUUUGAAUCGCAUUCACGAUACAGAAUAUCUAAGCACAGAGAAUAUUACAACGUUAAAUGAUUACAACAUAAAAAAAGAAAAAGAAGAUGAAUUAGCUCCACAAAAUAUAUCCUUUGUUGACAUAGAAGACAUCCAUUCUGAAAAUAAUGACAAUGAUAAUAACAAGGACCCACUCUCAAAUUUAAACUUGAAACUUAAAAAACAAAAAUUGGAUAAUUUUCAAUGUUUUGUCGUACGGAAACUAAUAAAUAUAGAAAAAACUUUAAAAGUAAUAGUAAAUGAUAUGAACAUAUUUCAAAUGACUGUUUUCCAAAAGCUUGCAAUUUCAAAGAAUGUAGUGGAAAACGAAGAAAAUAUUGAUGUUUUUGCUGAUUUACCAUUGAAAGACGAAAAUGAUUUAAAAAUAAUGGAGAGAAAAUUAAAAGAUGAUCCAGAAUAUCGAAAUCAGAUGAUUAAACAAUUAAAUCGUAUAACGUCUGAACAUGUUAGAUCAUCUUGCAUACGAUUGAUAAAAGUCAUAUUAUCAAACGAAUUGGCAGUAGAAUAUAGUUGGUACGGAGCGAAAAAAAAAUUAGUUUUCUCAGCACUGGAGAUAUGCAAAGUAAUAAUGAGUGUGUUACGAAAUUCACAUCCAUAUGCAACAGACGACGAACUUACAAACCCUAUUAAAAUAUGGUUAGCUCAUGCAAAAGAACGUUUAAAAAGAGUAAAAGAAUUGCAAAAAGAACCGAAUGAUACUCAUUGACUUGAAUGAUACUCAUUGAUGUAUAUUAUACUUUAUUUUAUUUUU